AUGGAUAAUCCGCAGGUCCAGGGCGUCGUCAGCCAAUUCCUCGAACACUACUACACGACCUUGGAUACCGAUCGGAGUAGGCUCGGCCCUCUCUAUCGCGAGAACUCGACGCUCACGUUUUCGGGUGGCAAGGAACCUGGAACCCCCCAAACUGGAACCACCGAAAUUGUUAAGAAGCUUGUGGAGCUUCCCUUCCAGAAGUUGGAGCAUAAUCUCAAGGAGCUUCGGAUUGAUGUGCAGCUUAGCCCGAACAACGGCAUCCUCAUCCUAGUAACCGGCGACCUUAAGGUCGAUGGUGGUGACUACCCACUCCCUUUCUCGCAGAUAUUCCAGCUCUUCCAGGACCCCGCUGGCCAGUGGUUCCUUUUCAACGAUAUCUUCCGGCUCCUCAUCUAA